CCAACUAGAAGCCUAAACCCUGAAAGCCAAGGUAGAGAGUAAGACGGAAAAAAAAGACUGAACAAAAGAAGCCAUGAGAAGAGCACUUCUGAGAAAUGUUCCACUCUUCUCUCGCAAUUUCUUACCAUCUCCUUCAAUUUCUUCCAUACGAAAUCCAUCACCACACAAUGUAUUAUCCCAGAUUUCAAAUUCCUAUUCAUUCAGGUUUUUCUCCUCUGAAAAUGAUUCUCCUGACCAAAACCCUAAACCUCCUCCAUCUGAAGCCACUUUAGCGCAGCCUGAAAUCAAAGAUCCCACCAAUGAUGUUGAAGAUGUCAGCAAUAAAGAGCUGAAAGUGAGGAUAGAGAAGUACUUUGAGGGUGAUGAGGAGGCACUUCCUUCGAUUCUUGAGGCGAUACUGUCGAGGAGGUUAGUGGGGAAGCAUGAAGAAACCGAUGAUGAGUUGACAGAAGAACUCCGUUUCGUCCCAUUGGAUGAUGUUGGUGGUGAAGAAUUCGAGUCAGAUUUUGAGGAAGGUCAUAAAACGGAUGACGAUAUUACUGACUUGUACAGUGCCAAGGAUAUAGUUGUCAAGAGGAUGAUGGAGGAUGAAUACUUUAACAUGGAUGACAAGAAGUGGGGUGAAAUUGUUCAGGAAGCGACGGAGAAAGGAUAUGCAAGGGAUAUGAGGGAGUGUGAGGAGAUUUUGGAGGAUAUGCGCGACUGGGAUAAGCUCCUGCCAGAUGACAUGAAGAAGAAGGUCAAAGCAAAGUUUGAUGAGUUAGGAGAUAAAUGUGAGAGAGAGGAACUUGAGCCAGAAGAAGCAUAUCAGCAUUUUAAGGAGUUUGAGGAUCAGAUUGUGGCCGAGUAUGUGAAAAAGGUGGAAAAAGAAGAGGCAUCUCCAAAGUCGGAUGAGGUGACCGAUCUUGUGAAGAAAAACAAGUCUGAUGAUCCACCUGGUGUGGGUCCAGUUCUCAGAUGGCAAUCGCGGGUGGUAUUUGCACCAGGAGGUGAUGCGUGGCAUCCUAAAAACAGGAAGGUGAAAUUAUCUGUGACAGUCAAGGAUCUUGGACUCUCGAAAUAUCAGUUCCGCCGAUUAAGAGAAAUAGUGGGGAAACGGUAUCAUCCUGGAAAAGAUGAGCUAACAAUUAUAAGUGAGAGGUUUGAAGAUCGUGAAGAGAAUAGAAAGGAUUGUCUGAGAACCCUGCUUAAUAUCAUUGAGGAUGCUGGUAAAGCUAAUGAAUUGGUAGAUGAGGCCCGAACAUCAUAUGUCAAACAAAGGCUUAAAGCAAAUCCAGAAUUCAUGGCAAGAUUGCUUGCUAAGCCGAACCAAGCCCCAGCUGCUGUUCCUGCAUAAGUAGUCUUUACCGGUUUUCUUUCUUUAUACUCCCUCCGUCUUUUAUUAGUUUAACCCUUUUGACUUUUGACACUAUUCACAUACAUGACUUUGACUAUCUUUUGUAAUUUGUAUUUAAGGAAAAAUAUAGUCAUGUGAGAUCUUGUUGGAUUCGUCUCGAUGUGUAUUAUCCAAAUAUCAACUUUUUGUAAUUUUUGCUUAUCAAAAAUUAGAGAUAUUAAGGUUCAAAUUAGUAUCUCGGCAAAUGUGCCCCAAAGAAAGGGGUAAACUAAUAAAAGACGGAGGGAGUAUAAUACAGUUAUGUCGAAAUACUCUUCAUAGUCUUUUUGGUUACUCGAUGCAUCAAAUUCUUUUGGUUUCCUCAGGUAUCAGCUACUCAUAGAAGAGGGGUGGGUGGGAAAUGUAUUAGUGUAGAUUGCUUCAAUGGACGCAAUUUCCAAUCCAAUGUUGUGCAGACAAAGUUAAAGGAAACCGUGCUAUGGGAUCCUUUUAAUGCUUGUAUCAUCGAUCCAUUGUGCUUAAAACAACUCAACUAAAUAGAUUUUAGGCUUGUAUUAUUUGUUUGAUGAGAUUGAGGUUUUGUUCUCCU